CCAGCCAAUCAUGGCAACGCUGUGACGAACUUCCUAUACAGCCUUGUUGCACUUCUGUUUGCCAUCCUCAUGAAUAAAUAAAAAAAUAACUGUUAGGAAAACCUGUUUGCUGUAGCAUAAAAAAACAGAUUAGAUCUGGCUAAGGUGGCGCGCGUCGCUGGUGUUAAUGCAAGCAGUUAGGACAAUAGUGGCUCACUCCCGCAAGCAGACCAGACUUUAUUGAACGUUCGCCGUCGCACGGAGACAACUUAAGUGAACAGAGCUCGCUUUGGACGCCACGUCCUGACAAGAUAAGACGAAGUAUUCGCUCAUAAACCGCGCCGGGCCUCCUAUUCUUCUUCUUCUUCUUCUUCUUCUUCUUCCUGCUGUUAGUCGGCUAGCAAGCUGCUAGCAAGGCAGCCAUAUAGCAAGUAGCUUGUUAGCUCCAACAAAAGAGGGGAGGAAGCGGAAGGUCUGCUGACUGUCAUCUGGAAACACAUCGACGAAGAAACCCGAUGUUGCGAAAUCGCUGAAUUAUCCCCUUCGCUUCUGCGGAGAAUGGCCGACCGCCGAAUAGCUGCGCUAACACUGGCUCCACACCUUCAUUGCACUCUCGUCUCCUCUUCUCUCCAGCAGGAAGCCUUCAUUGCCAUUGAGGGGAUUUAUGGGCUCACAAGUUUCAUCUGAUGAAAUGAGUGUGCGUGCCGGCCAGGGGAGUGAUGAGGUGCUGGUGUCACAGGCUGUGUGGGACUACCUGGCGGCGGCCGAGAGGCCGUGGCUCCUCGACUUCCAGCACAAACAGGGCAUGAGCGCCGGCAUUAUCCGUCGGGGAGAACGAGGUGGCUGCUGUGCUGUGAGGCUGCAGCCCGUUGGAGGCUCCAGGCUCUCCGGGGUUACAGACGCACCCGUCUCCAGCGAGGCGAGGAAAGCCUUCAUCGACCUGUGCCGCUGCGCCCGCAAAGAGAUGAGCAAGCAGGAAGGCGGCUCCAAAAGGAAGAGGACCCUACUGCCCUGCGUGGGGGUCCUGGAGCCCAAAGGAGAGGGGAACCCGCUUCACGCUCAGCCGCCACCGCCACAGCCUCGCCGCUCUCAGAGACAGCAGCAGCAGAAGUUCAGGAAGGCUGCCGAAGAAGAGGCCUGCUCCAUGUUCCACGAGGUGGCCCACAGGAAGGAUUGUGGGAUGGCUUCCCACAGCGAGGCCGAGGACAACACGUCAUGCUCCAUUUGCAUGGGGGACAUUGUGGAGAAGACCACCCUGGAAAAGUGUGGCCACUCCUUUUGCCGCUCUUGCCUGGAUCAAGCUUUCAAGGUGAAGAGGGCCUGUCCUGUGUGUCGGCUUGUUUACGGCCAGUUGAUUGGUAACCAGCCCGCCAAUGGCACCAUGAUUGUUGAGCGAGAUCCGUACCUGCAGCUUCCGGGUCACGAAGGCUACGGGUGUAUCUGCAUCAUUUACAGCUUCCCUUCUGGCUCACAGGCGCUAGAGCAUCCAAACCCGGGUGUGCGGUACCCAGGAACAGACCGUGUGGCCUACCUCCCUGACAGCCCUGAGGGGAACCGCGUGCUGGGCCUCCUACGCCGGGCCUUCGAGCAGCGCCUUACUUUCACGAUCGGUACCUCGAUGACGACAGGCUUUCAAAAUGUCAUCACCUGGAACGACAUUCACCACAAGACCUCAAUAUGGGGCGGGCCCCGCUGUUUUGGCUACCCAGACCCCACUUAUCUAGUGCGAGUGACAGAGGAGCUCAGAGAGAAAGGCAUCACAGCAGACUGACAGCACUAAAGUGAAAACACCUUCAGGACUUGCUGGUGUCACGGUGGUGGACAUGGCUUGGCUCCAGGUUUUUUCUGUCAAUGUUCUCCCGCUCGUCCCCGUGAAGGUGUUUGGGCCCUCAGCAGACAGGUGCUGCAACCGAGUCCCCAUCCAUUCAUUUGCACUCAUUUUUCCUCGAGGGUUCAGUUUAACUUGUGGGAGGAAGGCGAGAAUGAGUGCCGCGCAUUCUCAAAGGACACAAUCCUCCACCUGUUUCUUUUGGCAAUAGCACUCGCAUCUGUUGCACAUGCUUGAAUUCAUGGUAUUUUAUUAUUAUUUAGGACAUCGCACUUGCUCUUAUGAUGACAAAUUAUGUUAAGAAUGUUUGUGUUUCUGCUCUGGCCAUUUCAUAAUCCCCUCUAGGCACAUGUUUAUGAUUUUGUCUUAGUUUGUUUGCUCAAGUCUCUAAAGUAGAUGUCCUUAUUUCCUGUUGACAGAAAAGCACUGCUUAUUUUUUUCCCCCACUGUCUCCUAAAGUUAUUGCAUUCUACAGCACUCAGCGGCACUUUUUUGAUAAAUGAGUGUUUGUUUCUUUAUAAAGCAACUGUUUUUCUUCCUGAUUCUCUUUGAACAUUUAGGGGAAACAGUUCACAAAAGUUGAUGUAAUUUGUUUUUCCUAAAAUGAAAAGUGUGUUGAAUGAUAUGUUCCUUUAUAUAGCGCACACCAGGAUACCCUCCCUGCUGGCCAACAGUCACCCAUCUUGUUUCAGGAUGUCUCUCAGGCAUCAAGCCCAUGACCUUACUUGUUAGUAAUCUGCUCAUCUAAUUAUCAGAUUUAUGAAGAUGUCAAAUAUUAAGGGCAUAUAAGCCACUAAACCAGGGGUCGGCAACCUUUACCACUCAAAGAGCCAUUUUGGCAAGUUUCACAAAUUAAAGAAAAUAAUGGGAGCCACAAAAAAAUUUUUAAAUUUAAAAUGAAAAACACCGCAUAUAAAGCUUUAAUUGCUUUGUGCUAUGUUAACCAGGGGUCUCAGACACACGCACCGGCACGCACUUUAAUAUGGAAAUUUGAUGUUAGUGCGGCCCGCAAAUUUUAAAUGAGCGGCGCUUGAUAGCGUCAUACUUGCCAACCCUCUCAUUAUUUCCGGGAGACUCCCGAAUAUCAGGGAGUGAUGGCACUGCUUUUGGCGCCCUCUACAGCCUGCCCAAACUGUGUACCUGCUCGACCACAUGUAGAAUGCAGCUUCAGCUUGCUCACUUAAGUGACAGCAAGGCGUACUA